AUUGGGUAUCUCCCGGUUUCCUCUCGACGAUCAUCAACUUUUACUCUUGUAAAUUUAUCUUUGGCUAAAUAAAUACAUUUGAUGGAAAAUUCGAUAUAAUACAAUGGAUAGUGUUAGUGCUAUGCAAAGAUUAAAUGACCGAAUUAAUAGAAACACAGACUUGUACGCUGGAGAAGAACUAAAUAAGCUAAUAGUUAAACUAUCAGAAGCAGAGGAAGCGAACGAAACGCUAAAAUUAGAGAAUAACUUGUUCCAGAACAAGUUAAAGGAUGAAAGAGCGUUAAAAGAAAGUGCCGAAGCAUUGAUCGAAAGCAAGGAUAAUGAGAUAUCCUGCCUAAGAGAGGAAGUUGCGGCGUUGAAAGAAAAAAUUGAAAAGCAAAUUAAAGAUCCACCUACAUCUUAUGCCGAGAGAAAACGCAGAGCUCUAAGAGAAUACAAGGAAAAGUUUGAUAGGAAUAUACAACACGAAUUAGAACUAGAAAUGGCUGACGUUGUCGAAGAUAAUGAAAUGCUUCAUAGAAGAAUAGACGAGCAACUCAACGAAAUAUGUGGAUCUUUUUGCGAAGAAGAAGUAGACGGUCUAACUUUAAGUAACAAUUCUGUUACAAGCACAACUAGUUAA